AUGCAGAUUCCACCGCUGCUCGCGCCGCCGGAUGGCUUCCAGGGCGCCGUCUUCGCUGGUGCAGCCAAGGCGAACCUGAAGCCCUCGAAGCUCUUGGUCUCGGGGAUCAUGGCUGGUGCCUUCAUUGGCUACGGCGCUUACCUGGCGUGCACUGUAGGGGGCAAUUGCCCGCAGCUGGGGCAAAGCAACCCCGGGCUGCAGAAGUUGAUUUUUGGCGCCUUCGGCUUACCCUUCGGUCUCUUCAUGACCGUUUUGUCCGGCACGGAGCUCUUCACAGGCAACGCGGCCAUGGUGUCCAUGGCGACGCUGGAGGAGAAGGCGCAGCCGGUACAACUGCUGAAGUCUUUGUGCCUCUCGUGGUUGGGCAAUUUCAUUGGAGCUGUAGGUUUGGCGAAGUUGGCCAUCCUCUCCGGCACCAUGCCAAACGGCGGCGCCACCGUGACGCUGGCGGCGGCCAAGACGUCCUUGCCCUUUGCCACGGCCUUCGUGCGGGGCGUGCUCUGCAACUGGUUGGUGUGCAUGGCGGUCUACCUGGCGUCCAUGGCCAAGGAUACCAUCGGAAAGGCUGUGGCCAUUUGGUUUCCCAUCUCCGCCUUUGUGACCCUUGGCCUCGAGCAUUCCGUGGCCAACAUGUUCAUCAUCCCUGCCGGUAUCUUUGCUGGGGCCAACGUCUCCUGGUCAGCCUUCCUCUGUGACAAUCUGCUACCUGUAACCUGGAGGGAGGCAGAUCUUCAGAUUGCAGAACGCGAUGUGAAUGGUGCACCUAUCAAGGCGCAGACCAUUCGCAUGUUGAUUCCCCUCACUCCGUUCGGCGCUUGCAGAACGGGAAACUCACUUCGAGGGAGACUGCAAGAAGAGCAUAAACUCGAUGCAGAUGAGGCUGCAAGAAGAGGAGUUCAAUCAUACCCCAAGGGCUCUUUGCGCCCGGCGCGGGCGGUCGCCGUCGUUUUCCGGAGGUACAUGAGGACCUCCGCUUCGGGUCCGCUGAAUCGUCGCUCCCAGGCACAGCUCAAGGCUGGAGCACGACCAAAGGCCGCGGAAAAACGAAGACCGUCCACCGGCCGUGGAACUUCCGGCCCUUCCGGCCCAGGAUGCAAAGAAUCACGGGAAUCGCCACGGAGAUCCCCCUGGCAGACGGGUCUUUGGCAGGGUGGUUUACUCAGCCGUGGCCGAGAAUCCCGAGAAUCCCGAGAAUCCCAGACUGGCGUGGCACCGGCGGUUCGCGUCACAAGGAGCACGUCUCCUUCCUUGCCCGGUGGCAGAUCGCAGCUAAGGGGAUCCAGGGCUGCUGCUGGAAGCAAUAGCAGAGAGGUAGAGGUUUUGAAGGCGCAAAUGCAGAGCAUCCGGCGAAUGCAACUCGAGACUCUUACGAAGCCGCAUCUACGUGGAGCAGGGCGCUUUUCCAACGCCUGCCGAGAGCCGGCGCCAAGGGAUCAGCGUAGCACUGCAGCUCCGCCAAUAGAAUUUAUAGGCUGCCGGGAGGCCGUAGAAACCGCCGCUGCGCAGAUCCUGCAACGCCACUGGCGAAAACAACGGCGACGGCGUGGACCCUGUGGACCCUGUGGACCUGGAGCGGAGCGGAGGUGCAACAGUCUGAGAGCAAUCGAGAAGUUCAGUCCCCAGCGGCCUUGGGCGCACCACGCGGCGGCGCGGAUCCAACGUGCUUGGCGCGUCUGGAACUGGCGCAGGGCCUUCGUGGUGUACUCGGAGCAGAUUGGUUGGCUCGGCCACUUCGACUGGCUGCUUCGCCACCGGAAGGUCUUCGGCACGGAGCUGGCCAGCGCAGAGGACGCAGCCGUUUGGAGCCAGGAGAAGCGCCACGCGCCGCCGGACGCAGAGAUCGAUCCCUGGGGACAUAGGGAGCUGCGAAGACACCUGGCGGCCCAAAGUUCCGCAGUUUCCGGAGCGGCGCCGGAAACCGCCGCGGAGCCGCCGUUGAAGGCCAGAGCACACUGCGUGGUGGGGGCACAUCUGUCGGAGAGGCUGCGAAGGAGUGCCAUGAAGCCCAGCAAAGAUGACUCCAAGUUGUGCAAAACCAUCAGCAGCUUGGAGCCUCCAGCCCAGCGUCCCCGCAUCAUGACGCAACGCUACAGCGUGGCAUUGGGCGUCGGCGCCGGCGCGGCGGCCGCGCUGCUGUCGCCGCGCUGUGACUUCCGGUCAACCUUGGAGGCGCCAGCGGCGCCAGCUGGGACAACAGCUGUCCCCAUUCUGCGUCCCGCCUGGACGUCAAGUCAAGCGGUCUUAGCUCAGGCUCCCUGCGGCCCGCUGCUGCGCUGCCGCGCGCGGACGCCACAGCCCACUCCGCGACCGAUGGUGCGGCUGUUGACGCAAUCACCGCGAUGGGCUCACAGUCCCAGCCCCUCGUCGCGGGCUUCGGUGGCGCAUGCAGCUGUGGCGCUGGCAAUGCCGUGGAAACUGCCAGGCACGGUCCCCUGCCGCUGA